CAACUGGUGGUCCACAGAAAGGUUUCCAUUGAGCCAGGUGGUCCAUAGGCCAAAGAAUUUGAGAACCACUGGCCAAAUGAUUACACACAGCCCCUUCCAUUCUUCCCUGCCCGCUAUCUCAGAAUCAAAGGUAGCAAUGCGCCCAGGGGUGGGGAGAGGCAAGAGUUGGUGCUCAUGGGCCGCCUACUUAAAAAAGCUGGCUCCCUAUGCCUCCCUCUGUGUAAAGGUGUAGCCACUGUACAUUUCAAUGGCUUAUAAAAUAAUGAGUUUUUAGCAUCGCUAGUAGAAGGGGGUGCAAGGUUUGGGAGGAAAUGGUUGGGGAGGGUGCGCAUGAAGAGGUUUCAGGUGGUGAGCAGCUGCAGGAGAUGGAGCUCCAGGUGCAGGCUCUAAGGCAUUUCCUUGGAGGCGGCUGGCAGCUCCACGUGGCGCUCUGCUCUGCACAGGGGAGACAGCAGCACUGCCCCUGCUGCAGCCUCUUCGCUCCCAUUGGCGGCCCCCCCUCGGAGAGUCGCCGGAAGCGGUCAGCCUGGAGCUGCUGCGCGGGGUCACGGCAGAUCCCGUCCGGCCGUGUCUGCUGCUGCGCGUUCCGGCCCGGGCGGGGUCAGCCACCCCACAGCCGCCUCCACCCUGCUCCGCAGCAGGGAGCAGAACCCAACUUGCCGCGCUAGCCACGCCCACUAGCGAGUCACUCCCCGCGUCAUUCAUCAGGUCACGUGGCCACUGCUCAGACGCUAGCCGCCGGAUCCCGCGCGAGCAGAUGACGUGCGUUAGAGGCGGACCGGAAGUGGGCGCCUUACGGAUGACGUACUCGGAGUGCGCCGCCUGGGUCGCGAGGAAGGCCGUGGGCGCAGUUGCCAUGGAGCUGGACGGCAAACGGGCCUACGUGCUGAGUAACCUGUGCGUGGUGGUGGAGCGGGUCCUGAGCUUCCUGCCCACCAAGGCGCUGCUGCGGGCAGCCUGUAAAGCUUUGUAUUUCAGUGUUUGCCGUUUGUGGAGAGAAUGUGCCCGUAGAUUACUGAGAACACAGCAGAGCAUAGAGUGGGUCUCUGCACUUGAGCCUGGUCCAUCUGAUAGUCAUUCACUGGUCCGUGCAUUAGCUGAAGAACUUGAGAAUGUGCAUGUGCUGCCACAAACAGUGCUCUACAUAGCAGAUGCAGAGACUUUCAGUGGACAUGAAGAAUGUCAUGGACAAAAGAGAGCAAGGAAAAGAAAUAGUAAAGAAACAGCAGUUGCACUAGAAAAGCUGUUGCCAAAACGAUGCCAAGUUCUGGGAAUGGUCGCUCCUGGAAUUGUAGUUACUCCUAUGGGCUCAAGCAGUAAUCAACCUCAAGAAAUUGAAGAUGGUGAAGCUGGCUUUGCUUUAUUGUUUCCUAAAAUUGAUGGUGUGAAAAUCCAUACCUUCCACUUUUUUAAAGACUUGAAGAACAGGGUCUUUGAUGAAAGCAAAUUCACUGAAGCAGGUCUUAAGAAUAAUCCAGAGCUCCGUGUGGUUCUUCUAUUUGCCUACAAUUCCUGGAAGCCAGGAGCUAAUCGGUUUCUUCAUCAGAUAAUCAAUUGUUUAAAUGAAAAAAGUAUCAUCUUGGCUGGGGGGCAUGUGGAGAGCUUGACGUCACUGAUCUCUGAGAAUAAUGCUGAGGCUGGUAAUUCCUGUGGUGUGGUUGGAUUGGCUUUCAGUGGACCCCAGCUACAGAGUGCUACGGUUUUGUUAGACCAGGAUGUGAUUGACGAAAGGACUGUAGAAGCAGCAAUGCAGCGUCUCAAAGCAGCAAACAUUCCUGAGCAGAACACCAUUGGGUUCAUGUUUGCAUGUGUUGGCAGGGGAUACCAGUAUUAUAAAACCAAAAGGAAUCUUGAAGCAGAUGCAUUUAGGAAGUUUUUCCCUAAUGUCCCCCUAUUUGGCUUUUUUGGUCAUGGAGAAAUAGGAUGUGAUCGAAUAGUCACUGGGAAUUUCAUACUUAGAGAAUACAAUGACAUAAAGGAUGAUCUGCUUCAUGGUUAUACUACAGUUAUGACUCUUAUUCAUCUUGGUUCAACUAAAGCAAACCAAGUUUAAACUUGUUUUUUUAAAUACAUCAGCUAAGGUAAAUGGGUGUUUCUGUUCCAGAAAACUGAAAAACUUGGGAUGUACAUACAUAUAUCAACAGCACUUUCCAAAAUCUAAAGUUGUCAUUUUUGUAAUUUUAUAAAAUCAUGUAGUCAGGACAGAGUUUAACACAAUAUGUAUAGGGAAGCUUUGCAUUUUGUGUAAUACUGUGGAGGUCAGAACAGCAAGUAAAUGUAAAUGUGUUCAAAUUUUACAAUACAAGGAUGCUUUUCUUUCUCUUAAGGCUAAAAGAGAGCAUAAAUGGCAGUGUAGACUAGCAUCAACACUCAACAGUAUAUGGAGAGGUAAAGCAUCAGUGAUGUCUUAUACAUAAAAAAGUCUUUAAAAGCUGCUUAUUUGUAUGGUUCCACCUUUACCUGAAUCUUCUCUCAACAGAUAUCUGUACAUUCCAUCUAUAUUCAGAACUGGGCCCUACCUACAAGUAAUAACAUCUCUUUAUUAGGCCAAACAAGUGAGAAUAUUUGGGCAAUAAUCAUGAAACAUUCAUUGAAUAAAAUCUAUACAUAUAUUUUAGA